GCUCAACAGCAGACGAAUUUUAAAGUUAUUGUGCACGCGUGUUGUGUGUGAAAUCGUUUUUCGACAGGUUCUCAAAAGAAUUACCAGAAUGUUGAUUCAAAGCUCUAACAAUGUGAAAAUUUAUAAUUUGAGUGCUGGGAAAUCUUUGCCUGAGUGGUUGUCAGACAGAAAAAAGAGAGCCUUGCAAAGUAAAGACUUGGACAUCAGAAGACGAGUGGAGCUCAUUCAAGAUUUUGACAUGCCUGGGGUCAGCACCUCAAUUAAAGUUUCAAAGGAUGGGAAAUAUAUUAUGGCUACUGGCAUCUACAAGCCAAGAGUUCGGUGCUAUGAAGUAGCUAAUCUGUCCAUGAAAUUUGAAAGGUGUAUGGAUGCAGAAGUCAUCAAAUUUGAGAUGUUGUCAGAGGAUUACAGUAAAGUAGUUUUCUUGCAGUGUGAUCGAUUUGUCGAAUUUCACGCUCAGUAUGGCCGAUAUUAUAGAACAAGAAUACCGAAAUUCGGAAGAGAUUUGAAGUAUCAUUUUCAGUCAUGCAACCUCUACAUAGUUGGUACCGGGCCAGACGUAUAUCGCUUGAAUUUAGAAGAAGGGAGGUUUCUUAAUUCAUUUCAAACAGAAGCAACCACUCUUAACGUUUGUGAUAUGAAUCCCUUUCAUCAGCUGUUCGUCUGUGGUUCCAAAGAAGGAAAAAUAGAGGCAUGGGAUCCUCGUGCAAGGAAUAGAGUGGGAGUUCUCGAUUGUGCUUUACACUCUGUGACACCUGACACUCAAGUUACCGGUGUCCCUCAAGUCACGGCUGUCAAGUUCCGUGAUGCACUGACAUUGGGAGUAGGAACUUCAACAGGCCAGAUCUUACUUUAUGAUUUGCGAUCCAAUCGUCCGACUAAAGUGAAAGACCACCGAUAUGGACUUCCCAUAAAAACAGUAGAUUUCCAUCACCUGAAUCAUGAUUUGGUAGCGUCAAUGGAUUCAAGAAUCGUUCGAUUGUGGGAUAGAAAUACGGGUGAACCAUACGUCUCUGUUGAAGCAACAUCAGAUUUGAACGAUCUAUGUUUGGUACCUAACAGUGGUAUGAUGUUCAUGGCUACGGAAGACAAAAAAAUGCUCACUUAUUACAUACCUAAUCUUGGACCGGCUCCUCGUUGGUGUAGUUUCCUUGACUCGUUGACAGAAGAAUUAGAGGAGGGAGAAACUGCUGCCGUCUAUGACGAUUACAAAUUCUUGACAGUAGAUGAACUACAUGACCUCGGAUUUGGUCACCUUAUUGGGACCAAUCUAUUGCGUGCCUACAUGCACGGUUAUUUUAUCGACAUGCGACUAUAUAGGAAAGCCAAAUCCAUUGUUGAACCUUUAUCACUUACCCGCUACAAACAGAAUAAAGUAAAGGAAACAAUUGACCAACAGCGGUCCAGCAGAGUUCAAUUGCAGAAACUUCCUGCGAUUAACCGUGAGCUUGCACUUAAGCUUAUGGAGGAUAGUAAGGCGGUUGAUGAUGCUGAAGCAGUUGGAAAGAAGAGUGGUGCAAAAUUACUUAUGAGCUCCAACAUUCUAAAUGAUUCGCGUUUCAAAGAUCUUUUCGUAAACCCGAACUUCCAGAUAGACAAAUCUUCUGAAGAAUUCAGAUUACUAAAUCCUGCAGUUUCACGUUUGGACAAAAUCCGAGAAAAACGUAUCAAAAAGGCUCUCAUCGAAGACCAGUUCGAGCCCGUCGAGGGAACGAGCACGGAAAAUCCACUUAAUGAUGAUGAAUUUUCAGAUAGUGAAAGAAAGGGUCGCAAACGGACAAUUUCGACCGAUGACAGCAGCAGUGAUUCUGACGACGCAAGUCUUCGAAAUGAAAUCAAGUUACAGCAUAAGAUUAUAAGAGAAGAGAAGUUUCAACAGAGAAAAUUGGAAAGACAACAAGAGAAGCUGGAAGGUCCUAAGUUCAUGGCAUUAAAACCUGGGCAAAAAUUCCAAGGGUUCCGUUCAACCACUGACCAACCUAAGAAGAAAUUGGCCAAGGCUUCGCUUGGUGAGCGAAUUCAUUUAGAAGAAGAUGUAGACAAAGUUAAGCUUGCUCCAUCAGCUGGUUCUAGAGAAAUGACUUUCACGCUCCCACAGAGUGAACGCGUCACAAAAGCUAGAGAACAAGCCGAACAACAUCAUGAAGAGCGACGUAAAAUCAUUCGAUCUGCCAAUCACUUGAGAACACGGGGUCGUGGGCGGGGUGGUCGCGGAAGAUUUUGAUGUAUUUGUUAAUUAAGUGAAAUAAACAAGACAUUUCGUGUUUA